AUGAGCUUUCUAUUAUUUUCGCUUGUCUUCCUCGCAUCUGUUGUUGCUGAAGCCCGCGCACUCACUUGUCCUGUCUGGGCAGGCCAGAUCUGCGGCUAUAAAAAACGCUCUGGUUUCGAAAUCCUCAAGCGUUCUCCAGACUACUCGCUUCUUAACAGUGGAUUGGUCAAGCGUGACGGUCCUGUCGCUGGCAGCGACCCCACAGCUACUACCUAUCUUUACGCCACUCUUCCACAAUGGGCUGCUCUUCCUGGAUCUUCGUGUGGCUAUGUUUACCAGAGUAACGGCGGCACAACGACAGCUAUCUGCCCUGUAGGGUUUAAGUGCCAAUGCCAACCGAGUGGGGAUUUAUGCGUUACAACGGCCGCGCCAGAUGGAUGCGCACAGUUUGAUCCCGGCACAGUGUAUGAUACUUGUACCGUGAGGUGGACGACAACUAUUACGGAUGUGGCGUCUGCAUUUGGACAGUGUGGAGGGUUUACGGAGUCCUCUGUUAUCGCGGGCAGUGCAUGGACGACCGCAACCAUGUGCCCCCAAGGCUAUGGCUGCGCCUGUCGAAACUUCUGGUACAGCCAGUGUCUUCCCACCACCUCCUACGCUUUAACUUGUCCACCCGCGAUUCGCUACUGGGCUUGUGCAAGCACCCUUACGCCAGGCGCAACAGGCCGCUAUCGUCAAUGCGGCGGUAUCUGUUGGGACCUCCUCGGAUCCGCAAAAGGAUGUGAUGCCGGCGACUCCUGUUGGACAAAAACCUCAGAUGGAUACGAAGCGCCUGGUCAAUAUGCCAUGUGUGGACCUACUCGACCAAAUAAUGAACCUUACUGGCAAGCUAUGCCGCAGAGCCUGUGUUAUCCUACGCCAUAUACGUAUACACCUGGAGAUGCACCUUUGUGCGGCGGCGGGAAUGGGAAUACGGCACAGGGCGGCGAAGAGAGUGGUCCACAGACACUGUGGGGACAAUGCGGUGGGUCAAAUUAUGAUGGUCCGUCGGAUUGUCCGGAUGGAUCGGUGUGUGAAUAUCAGAAUCAGUGGUUUUCACAGUGUGUAGCUGGGAGUAGGAAGGUCAAGAAAUCGGCUACCCCUGCUCAGAAUGUUAGAGCAGUUGUUACACCGGUUAGAAAGCUGACGCAAAGAGAUUUGCUAGGACCGCCUAGACCGGGGAUGAAGCCGCGGAUGUAUAAGUAA